UUCUAAUUUUUUUUGUUUUUCCAGUGUGGCCCCCCAUUGCUCUGACUGUAGUUCUGGUGGCUGCAGCAACGCUGUGCAAGGAGCAGGGGAUCACCGUGGUCGGCAUCUGCUGUGUCUAUGAAGUGUUUGUUGCACAAGGGUUUACUCUGCCCAUGAUGCUGGACACUGUGCGUCAAGUCCUGCAGGGUAAAGACGGUUUCCCGUACGCGGUCCUGCAGACUCUGCUGAAGCUCAUCGUCCUUGUCAUCAGCACCUUGCUGCUCGUCAUCGUCAGGGUCCAGGUCAUCCAGUCCCAGUUGCCCGUCUUCACCAGAUUUGAUAACCCGGCAGCUGUCAGUCCCACUCCCAGCAGGCAGCUGACCUUUAACUACCUGCUCCCUGUGAACGCGUGGCUGCUGCUGAAUCCCUCAGAGCUGUGCUGCGACUGGACCAUGGGCACCAUUCCUCUGGUGGAGUCCCUUCUGGACCUCCGGAACCUGACCACUGUGGUCUUCUACACGUUCCUGUGCCUGCUCGCCCACUACAGCGUGUUCUCCAAACAUAGCUCAGCCAAGACGGUUAUCAUGGCCUUGUCUUUGAUCGUCCUGCCCUUCAUUCCAGCAUCCAACCUCUUCUUCCCUGUGGGGUUUGUUGUUGCAGAGAGGGUACUUUAUGUUCCCAGUAUGGGAUUCUGUGUUCUUGUAGCACAUGGAUUCAAGAUUGUCUCACAUAAAGAACAAUUAAGGAAGAUUUCCUGGCUGAUGAUUGGUGUGCUGCUCACCACACAUGCAGUGAAAACUUUCAACAGGAACUGGGACUGGGAGUCAGAAUAUACCCUGUUCACAUCUGCCCUGAAGGUUAACAAGAACAACGCCAAGCUGUGGAAUAAUGUCGGCCAUGCUUUAGAGAACCAAAACAAUUAUGCAAUGGCUCUGCGGUAUUUUCUCCAAGCCACUCGUGUCCAACCAGAUGACAUCGGUGCUCACAUGAACGUUGGAAGAACGUACAAGAACCUGAACAAAUCCAGAGAGGCGGAGGAAGCGUAUCUGGUUGCCAAAUCCCUCAUGCCACAGGUUAUUCCGGGUAAGAAGUACGCGACACGUGUGGCCCCCAAUCACCUUAACGUCUACAUAAACCUGGCGAAUCUGAUCCGGGCCAACGACUCUCGGCUGGAGGAGGCCGAUCAGCUGUACAGGCAGGCGAUCAGCAUGAGGCCCGACUUCAAGCAAGCCUACAUCAGCAGAGGAGAGCUGUUACUAAAGAUGAACAAGCUAACAGAAGCCCGGGACGCAUACCUGCGCGCACUGGAGCUCGACAGCUCCAACGCCGACCUCUGGUACAACCUCGCCAUUGUCAACAUCGAGAUGAAAGACCCGUCUGAAGCCCUGAAAAAUUUCAACCGCGCCCUGGAACUCAACCCGCGCCACAAACUGGCGCUCUUCAACUCUGCYCUUCUCAUGCAGGAGUCUGGAGAACCAAAGUUCUGGCCUGAAGCCAACCGUCGUUUCCUCAUCUACGUGGAAGAGGAGCCCGAMGACGCCAACGGCUACUUCAACCUCGGCAUGCUGGCCAUGGAUGCCAAUGAAAAUGCCGCGGCGGAGCACUGGAUGCGGAAGGCCAUCGGCCUGCAGGCCGGCUUCCGCAGCGCGCUGUUCAACCUGGCUCUGCUUUACUCCCAGUCCAAGCGGGAGGUUGACGCGUUGCCCGUGCUGGACGAGCUCCUUCACCACCACCCGGAGCACGUCAAAGGCCUGAUUCUGAAAGGCGACAUCCUCAUGAACCACAAGAAGGACACCCGCGGCGCCAAAGCUUGCUUUGAACGCAUCCUGCGAAUGGACCCCACCAAUGUCCAAGGAAAACACAACCUCUGCGUGGUGUACUUUGAAGAGCGGGACUUGCCGCGGGCUGAACGGUGCUUGGAGGAAACGCUGGCCCUGGCGCCCAACGAAGAGUACGUGCGCCGCCAUUUGAGCAUAGUGCGCAGUAAAAUGGCCGCCAUGAGCGCGGCAGGGGAGCCGCUUUCCAGGGAGGGUGGCGGCGGCAUGUCAGCCAAGGAGGAGAAGGUGCAGGCAGUGGAGGAAACAACGGAAGAGGUUGCUGCGGGUGAGGAGGAAGGGAGGGGUGCCAAUGCUGACGGAAAGGGCGCUGAGGAUGAGAAGAAUGUGCGGAAAUCCUCAGCAGAAGGCCCCGGGGCUGGGGGAACAGACCAAACAGAACCUUUGGACAGCACUCAGGCUGGCAAACGGACUAAGGGCAAGUCCACUAAAGAGAUUAAAGAUAUAGAGGAAAAAAGGGCAGCAGCGUUGAAGAGACUAGAGGAGAUAGAGCGCAUACUAAGUGGUGAUUGAUCCUGGUGCAGUUUGGCACUGGACUGUCACCCCUCCUCUUAAAACAUGUUUAUUCUUAAUCA